UUAUAAUUUAUAUCAUUAGUAUUCAAUUGUUACUGAUGCAAUGCAGUCUUAAAGCUACAACAUAUUAAUUGUAAAUUGAACUAAUCGGCCAUAUCCACCUAGUGGGGUGUGGAAAGUACUGCUGAUACAAAAGUCGCCAGUUGUUAUCCAGCCUCGGACUUUUCGAAAUUUCGUGUGUAUUCAGAGUACUUUUAAGAAUUUCGAAAAUAAGUGUAGUGUGGCAACCGAUAGCACAGCGAGGUGGACCGACAACGAGCCGGAGUUUUAAUAUUUACAGAGGUUUGUUCGUCUUUUUCGAGUUUGCACUCCAUAAAGAAGAUUAUUAAUUUAAUAGCGAAAUAUAUAAGUGGCAACGUCUCAAAAACAUCGUUACUAUGGAAAAACUAUUAACAAGCCAAAGGACUAUAAUGAGGGCUAUGAGAAAACUCAAAAACAUUAUCGACAAUGGAAUAAUAAAAUCGAUCAAAGAAUACUACGACCUAAAAUUAAAGUUGGAAAAAUAUUGGAGAAAGUUUAAGAAUAAUGACACGAAACUUUCAAACUACGAUAUCAGAGACAAGUGUUACUACACUAAUAAAAACUACGUGCGUACGAGAGCACUUUACAAAAAGCUUAAAAAAAGUAUUGUAUAUCAAGAAAAAAAACUAUUGCAAACUAAAUGCAGUAGAGAGCAUCUCAACUCGCAGCCCGAGUUGAUACAGCAGUCGUCAGACGAGGCUACUAGUGGUUCUGCAGUAAGCAACAACUACCAACGAGCAGAAUCCGAUCAGGAAUCGACUGACGACUCGUCUGAGCAGCACUUUAUGAAAGAGAACGCGCAGAGAUAUCAUCAGAACUCAUCGUCCAUGAGUGUUCCGGAUCCACGUGAACCAGUAAGGAGAUCUAAACCUGUACCUUACCACGCAGUGCUAUACACCCCUCGACAACGCACUGACCCCAGGUUGGCCCCAGACUUGGAAGGCGAGCGCGCGCGAGUUCAUCGCUUACGGAGCCGGAGAGUGAUCCCGGGAGUGCUUCCGUCCACGACCGUCAUAGCGCGCCCCCGGGGCACGGCCGACACACAGUCUGCGCCUGGCGAAGCUGACUCAUAGUUACACCCUAACUUACAGUUUUUCCAUUGAUAUUUGACAUUAACAUUCAAAGUAAAUGUUAUGGUGUUUACUUUUUACGGCCUCCACUUUAGCGACAAAUUUUACUUAAGUCGAGUUAUUUUUUUUAUUAACACACCACCCGAAAUAUUUAUUAUUUCAGUAUAAUCAUAGAUAUU